UUCUCACCAAAGUGUGCGGCUGCCUUUGCCAUCCCAAUCCGGCAAGGGGUUGGCAUCUCCCAUCAGCUGCAACGAUAUUCUUUGACGAAAUCUUUUAUGCUUUACUUUUAUUGGUCGUGUCAAUUUUAUUUGGUUGGUGCAACGAUGGUUCGGGCUUCUUGUAUUAUGCACGUCACACCUGAAGCGGGCUUUGAAAUUUCAGACGAAAAUUCUAUGACUGCUCCGCCACCGGUUAAUAGGAAACGUAAAAGAAUGAAUAAACCACGUGGUGCACAUGCUGAAAAUUGGUUGGAUGAGGACACGUCGAUCCUCAUCCAUAUCCUACAUGAGGAUGCAAGGAAAUAUGGGUUCAAUAGUUCAACCCUUAGUGCUCCACGAUGGAGGGAAGUUAUCGAUGAAUUUUGGAUGAAAUCUGGCAAGAAAGACACUUAUGACGAACAUCACAUUAAGUUCAAAUAACAAAGGUUAAGGACAAACACGAAAAACUUCAGGAACCUCCUUAAUUCUUACUCCGGCUAUGGUUGAGAUCCUGAAAAUAACACAGUUAUUUGCCCAGCUGAUAUUUGGAAAAAACAUAUGCUGGUAAGUUUGUGAGAUGAGUAAAAAUAUGUAUAUUGUACCUUUAUGCAUUUUGAACUAACAUAUUAUUUU